GUGGAAUCACACUUGUUGUGUUGUUAACUGCAAAAAUAACGGUAAAACUAGUGAUUGUAUAUUUUAUAAGUUUCCAACUGCAUCACAUAAAAUAGUUCAAAGGCAAAAAUGGAUUGCUGCUGUGAAAAGAAAAAAAAAAAAUCAGAUGAUCCUGCGAGUCCAAGCUACGCGCCAACUCUAUUCCCUCCAGUUUAUCAUACAAAGCAAGUAAAUGAAAGAGCUGUUUUGAGCAGGUACAAUCGACUCAUGAACCGAAGAAAGACUCUUCACAAGCGUAACAUCGGAGUGAAUUGUGAUACUGGAAAUCAAGUUAAUAACGACCCCAACAAUGUUGUCAAUAAUAGUGGACGUGAACCUAUGGAUAUAAGCAGUGCCGAAGUAAUUUUAAAAAGUGAUCAAGAGUGUCAAGUAGAUUUUGUAAGUUCUGCUGGUAUCGAACAAACAAAAGCUUUCACUUGUAACAGAUAUAUUUACAUGACUAACUACUGCGAUGCUGAAGUUCAAACUGAAAUACCGGAAAUUGCCACUCUCAAAACUAUUGUGAAUAGGAAAAAAAUGAAAGAUGAAGAGGUACAAUGCGGCACAUCGUUAACAGAUAGAGUAGAUAAGUCGGUUGGUUUUAACGAGGCUGUAGUUGAACAAAAUAGGAAACAGCAUAGUUUCUGUGGUUUUCCAUCUGUUAAGACCGAUGAAGAUUUAUUAGAUAUUGCUGGAGUGAACUUCCAGAACUUUAAUUUUUUAUUAUCUAAAACUGAAAACCCAUCGGAAAGAUCUACAGUAACAAGAGAACAGAGGCUUUUAAUUUUUUUAGUGAAAAUAAAAACUGGACUGACAUUUUCAGCCAUAGCAAUUUUCUUUGGUUUACAUCGGUCAACUGUCUCCAAGAUAUUCUUUUCAACUUUACAAUAUUUGAAUUCGUCAACUGCAAAUUUAUUGUUUUGGCCAAGUAGAGCUGCCGUACAGAAAACUAUGCCGGAAUGUUUUAAACCUCAGUACUCUAAUACUCGGGUUAUCAUAGACUGCACUGAAUUCAAGAUAGAUGUUCCGUCAAGUGUUGACGACCGUAUUUACUGUUACUUUCAUUAUAAGAAAGGUUUUACAGCAAAAUUACUGAUUGGAAUCACACCAUCUGGGUUCAUCUGUUUCAAAUCGAAAGUUGCUGGCGGUAGAAAAGGUGAUUCCCAAUUAACUAUCGAAUCGAAUUUCGUAGAUUCAUUGGAAGAUGGUGAUGUGGUUUUAGCAGAUAAAGGUUUUCCUGAAAUCAGAUCUAUCAUUGAUGCAAGUGGUAAACGAGUAUUACUUAUUAUGCCACCAUUUUUGGAAAAAAAAUCAGAAUUAUCGAAAGCAGAAACAGAUCUGACUUACAACAUCGCAAGACUUUUGAAACCGCUAGGUGGCGGCACGAGCGAGGCUCACAGCGAAUAG